AUGGUUAAAGGAAAUGAGACAGAAGCCACUGACUUCACACUCCUGGGCUUCUUCCCAGAAUUCAGACACAUCACAGCGCUGGUCUCCAGCAUCUUCCUGACCUACACAGCUGCCUGCACUGGCAAUGCUCUCCUGGUCGUACUCAUCUGGCUGGACCCCCGGCUGCACACCCCCAUGUACUUCCUGCUCAGCCAGCUCUCUGUAAUGGAUCUUACUUUGGCCACCAGCAUCAUCCCCAAGAUGCUCGCCAACUUCUUUUCUGGAGGGCGGAACAUCUCAUUCCUGGCUUGUGGGGCCCAGAUUUUCUUCUCCCUGACGGUAGCCAUUGCAGAAUGCAUCCUCAUAACAUUCAUGUGCUUAGAUCGCUAUGUGGCCAUCUGUAAACCCCUCCAGUACGCAGUCAUAGUCAGCCCCAGGGCUUGUCUGCAGAUGGCUGUCCUGGCAUGGGCUGGAGGGGCCCUCACAUCCCUGGGCCACACUGCUUUCACCUUACACUUCCACAUCCGCAGCCCCAGGGAGAUCCCCCACUUCUUCUGUGAAGUCAUGGCAGUCCUCAGGAUAGUCUGCGAGGACAUCUCAGUCUAUGAGAAGGCUGUGGUAAUGACCAGCAUCCUUGUUCUGCUGCUGCCCUUGUCACUCAUCUUGUCCUCCUAUGUUGUCAUCUUUCUGACCGUGCUCCGAAUGAGCUCCCUGGAAGGCAGGAACAAGGCGCUGGCCACCUGCUCCUCUCACCUCUGUGUUGUGGGGCUCUAUUUUGGUCCUGGGAUGUUUAUCUACAUGAGACCUGGCUCUGCCAAGACUCCAAAGCUGAAUCAGGCCUUGUUUCUGUUUGGAACGGUCCUGACCCCUUUCCUGAACCCACUAGCCUACAGUUUCAGGAACAAAGAAGUUCUCAAUUCACUGAAAAAGUUAGUGAGGUGGAGUAGGGAAAGAAUUAUCACUGUAAGUUGA